AAUCAAAGCUAGAACAAUAUAAUAAUACAAUGUUAAGGAUUCCACAAAUAAUAAUUAUACCUUCAUAAAAUGAAAUGCACAGUUUUCAAGAAAAAGAAAUGCACAAUUUUUAUGAGCCCGCGCAACCCUGCUUGUUCUAUAGUGUAAUUGAAUGCUUCGCGGGCGCUUCAAGCAACAUUUGAAUUUCUGAGUUAGCAUGCUCAUACGCUUCGUUCCAUUCAACUCUAAACCACUCCUUAUCAAUUCCCAUAAUCUCUUCUAUCGUUCUUCCGCCACUUCCACAAUCUCAAAACAACAACAACAACAAUGCAAACCCUCACUCCACGCAAAACUACUUCACCAACAAACAAUCGUAAACGGCCACAUCACCAACUACACAAAAAUCACCAACCUCAUUUCCUCUUACAUUUCCACCAAUUCCAUCCCAAAUGCACUUUCACUUCUUCAAACCCUUCACCCAUCUCCCUCGUCCGUUUUUUGGUGGAACCAACUUAUACGACAAUCACUUCACUUCAAUUCCCCUCACGUCGUUUUGCAUCUUUACUGUCGUAUGAAAACACUUCACUGGUCACCUGAUCAUUAUACUUUUCCUUUCGUUUUCAAAGCCUGCGGCGAUGUUUUGUCUUUUAACCUCGGCGCGUCGAUUCACGCUUCGGUUUUUAGGUCCGGUUUUGAUAACAAUGUGUUUGUUUGUAAUGCUGUUGUUUCGAUGUAUGGUAAAUGUAAUGCGAUUGUGCAUGCGCGUAAGGUGUUUGAUGAAAUGUGUCAACGAGGGGUUUGUGAUUUGGUGUCGUGGAAUUCGAUUGUGUCGGCUUAUUCGCGUUGUUGUGUUCAGGAGAUUGCUGUUUCGCUUUUUCGUGAAAUGACGGUGGGGUGUGGGAUGAGGCCGGAUGCUGUUAGUGUUGUUAAUGUGCUUCCGGUUUGUGGUUAUCUUAGAUUAGGGUUUCAUGGGAAACAGGUUCAUGGUUUUGGUAUUAGAACUGGGUUGGUUGACGAUGUUUUUGUUGGGAAUGCUUUGGUUGAUAUGUAUGCUAAGUGUGGGAAGAUGGAGGAUGCUAGUAAGGUUUUUGAGAGGAUGGGGUUUAAGGAUGUUGUUUCUUGGAAUGCUAUGGUUACUGGGUAUUCACAAAAUGGAAGAUUUGAGGAUGCUGUUUCCUUGUUUGGGAAAAUGAGGGAGGAGAAAAUUGAGUUGGAUGUUGUUACUUGGAGUUCUGUUGUUGCUGGGUAUGCUCAAAGAGGGUAUGGUUGUGAAGCAAUGGAUGUGUUUAGGCAAAUGUGUGAUUGUGGUUGUCGUCCGAAUGUUGUUACUCUCCUGUCGUUGCUUUCUGCUUGUGCGUCUGUUGGAGCAUUGCUUCAUGGGAGAGAAACUCAUUGUUAUGCAAUUAAAUUUAUUCUUAAUAUAAAUGAUGAUGAUUAUGAUGAUGAUUUGACGGUGAUUAAUGGUUUAAUUGAUAUGUAUGCUAAAUGUCAAAGUUUAGAAGUGGCUCGUGCUAUGUUUGAUUCCAUAUCUCCUAAACAUAGGGAUGUAGUGACUUGGACUGUGAUGAUUGGAGGGUAUGCUCAGCAUGGUGAUGCCAAUCAUGCUCUGCAACUUUUCUCUGAAAUGUUUAAAACUGAUAACUGCAUAAUUCCUAAUGAUUUUACUUUAUCUUGUGCGCUCAUGGCUUGUGCUCGUUUGGCGGCCUUGAGGUUUGGUAGGCAAAUUCAUGGUUACAUGUUGCGAAGAAGUCGUAUUAAUUCGGAUGUUCUGUUUGUGGCUAAUUGUCUCAUAGACAUGUAUUCGAAAUCUGGAGAUAUAGAUACUGCUCAAGUUGUUUUUGACUACAUGUCGAAUAGAAAUGCUGUCUCAUGGACCUCGUUGCUCACGGGGUAUGGCUUGCAUGGACGAGGGGACGAUGCUCUCCGUGUUUUUAAUGAGAUGAGGGAAGUGGGUCUAGUACCUGAUGGCAUAACCUUUCUAGUUGUGCUUUACGCUUGUAGUCAUUCGGGAAUGACGGAUCGUGGAAUCAAUUUGUUUUAUAGAAUGAGCAAGGAUUUUGGGGUUGAUCCUGGAGCAGAGCACUACGCUUGUAUGGUCGAUCUUUUGGGUCGUGCUGGUCGUCUAGAUGAAGCUAUGAAACUCAUUAAUGAUAUGCCAAUGGAACCAACACCAGUAGUGUGGGUGGCCUUGCUUAGUGCUUGUAGGAUACACUCAAAUGUAGAACUUGGGGAAUUCGCGACGAAAAAAUUGUUAGAAUUGGAGGCCGAGAAUGAUGGGUCAUAUACAUUGCUUUCGAACAUAUACGCUAAUGCCAGACGCUGGAAAGAUGUGUCUAGGAUUAGAUAUUUGAUGAAACGUACCGGAAUCAAGAAAAGACCUGGUUGCAGCUGGGUCCAAGGAAGGAAAGGCAUGGAAACCUUCUAUGUUGGAGACAGAACUCACUUGCAAUCUCAGAAGAUUUAUGAAACACUUGCAGACUUGAUUCAGCGCAUUAAGGCCAUUGGGUAUGUUCCACAGACGAGCUUUGCUCUUCAUGAUGUGGAUGAUGAAGAAAAAGGUGACCUGCUUUUUGAACAUAGUGAGAAAUUGGCUCUUGCCUAUGCCAUCCUAACACUACCCCCAGGUGCACCUAUUCGAAUCACCAAGAAUUUACGCGUUUGCGGUGAUUGCCAUAGUGCCAUAACCUACAUAUCCAUGAUUGUUGAACAUGAGAUCAUACUAAGAGACUCAAGUCGCUUCCAUCAUUUCAAAAACGGAUCCUGCUCGUGCAAAGGGUACUGGUGAAAAUGGAAUCAGACCAUAACAUUUGACGGGUUGAAAGCUCCAAUCCAUCGUAGUGGUUCUGUUGUCUGAAAACAGUGUUUGUUUCUUGUCUGAACAAACUUUAUCCACCAAUAUUCUUGUUUCAUGGGAAUCUGCUGAUAGCAAAUAAUUUAUUCCAUUGAACAUACCUAAUUUUGUUGAACGCAAUCUGUUGGUGACUUUGCUGACAUAUAUUUGUUUCAUACUCACACGGAAGUCUACUGCAAUUGAGGAAUUUGAAUACUAUAAUUUACAUGCUUGGUGCUGUUCAAGGACUAACUUAUCUACUUGAGGGACUGGAGAUUCAGGACCUGAAGGCUGAAGCGCCCCAUAUGCAAGUUCACACUUGAAGAAAUGUGCUGUUUUAAACUCGCAAGAACUUAACAACUGCAGUAAUUUGUGAAUUUGUGUUGGAAGUAAUUAAAUUAAGCUUAGAACUAAAAUAUACAUAUAUAUAGAAAGAACCACCUAGAAGAAUUGAGACACAUUUUGGCGUUUCUUUCAACACUAGUCUUCAACAUAAAGAAAUUGUAGACAUCAUGCAAUUGGAUAGCAUGGAAGCACCACUCUAUACAACUGUACCACAGUUUCAGUUUUUGUCAAACAAUUAAGAACUUAUGCUUAAAAAUUAAGAGUUGUAACUUGUAAUAAACAUAUAAAAGACAUAUCCUUGUAUACAAAUGUUCGUAUCAAAAUCGAGUUGAUUGAAAUAGUAUUUGUGGGAAAAUCGUUUCAUGUAUUCUCUUUGUUGUGUGUAUGUGUCAGUGAGUUUCGUGUGUAAUUUUUCUUUUGGUAUAAAUUUUUAUGUACUCUAUUUUGUUAAUAAACGAUCCUUAAGCCACCACUACGAAUGAAUGAACAAACGAACAAAUAGAUGGUUUUGAAAGUGGGUAUAAAAUUGGUUUUAGGAUUGAAUUUUGAAGACCAGAGUAGUAAGUUUGUGGCGGGUAAUUUGACUUAAACUAGACUAGAGUAUUGGUGAAAAUCUUUUUGAAUGCAGCAUUUGUUUGACAUAUAGAAACUUCAAAGAGCAAAAUAUUAUCACACAACGGAGAAAUCUCAAGCUUGUGAAUAUCCAAUAAUGUCACUAUCAUUAUACACACACACAUACACGAUAG